AAAGGGGCCAUACCAAUGGAAGGCUUGACCACAUCAAGGAGAGAUUUUGGGCCUCACAAAGUGUUACCAGUGAAGUACCACCAGCCCAACCCGUUCAUCCCAAGUGAAGAGAAUAUGGAUCUGCUCACAACAUAUAGAAAAGAUUACAACCCCCACCCUGUCAGUCGAGUGGACCCCAUCAAACCUCAAGACAGUAAAUAUUCGUGUGUUGACAAGAUGGAGAGUCUGCCUACUUAUAAAGCUGAUUACAUACCCUGGAACCAACCAAGACGAGAAUUGCUCCGACCGGAACAUCAGUAUCGGCCAUCAUCGACUAGAUUUGAUAACAGAACCUUACAUCAGGAUGAAUACUCCAUGAAGGGCCCUGUGCACACUGUGAGCUGUAAGCCUCCCCCUGUACUCAAUCUCUGUAACAUUCCCCUGGAGGAUCUGACUAACUAUAAGAUGAACUAUGUGGCCCACCCCAUAGAGAAGCGCUUAAUGCGUGAGCCAGAGAAGUUCAAACCCAGUGAAAUCCCCUUUGAGAGUCUCACCACUCACCGAGAGUCCUUCCGGGGCCUUGUCGGGGAGCCAUCCAAGAGCGUGAAACCUCCAGCCCGGACCAGCGGACUGGACUUGCCUUUCUCUGAUACCACGGAAUUUCGAGAUAAGUUUCAAGCUUGGCCAACAACCCAGAUGUAUAUCAGAGCUCCAGUCACCUAUGUCCCUCCUGAAGAAAAGAUGGACUUUUUGACAACAGUGCAGGCCCAUUACACAUAUCCAAAGGGCGCUCCAGCUCAGUCUUGCCGACCAGUUCUCUUGGUCAAGAAGAGUGACUACUUUGAAAGUUCCACCACCACCAAGGAAGAUUACAAGCCGUGGGUCAGCAAGCGCCUGGAGCCCAUCAGGCCCGUUCCCCAUAUGGUGAUGCACAGCGAACCCUUGGAUAGUCUGACCACCUCACGGGCCCACUAUGUGCCUCACCCACUUAUCAGGACCAAAUGCUAUAGGCCCGCCUGGUCUGGCCCGAGAGCAGAUAUUCCUCUGGAAGGGAAGACCACGUACAUGACCAGCUUCACACCCAAGGAAAUACACAGGUGCCUCGCUUCAUACCCUGAGCCUCCUGGCUAUGUCUUCGAAGAAGUGAAUUCUUCAGGACACAGGCUGUACCGAGCCAUUUCCGUCCCUUCCUCCCGCCAGAACAGUUAUGUUUUGGGAGGUGAUUCAGAAAACUCUAAUCAGCAGGAGCUGGUAGUGUCAACCUAA